CUGUCCACCAGACUUCCUUAAACUUUCUUGGAGUCUGAAACUGGACAUAAGAUUAGAAGGUGACCGAGGCAUGGAGGGGCUGGCCAUGAGGUGGGUGGAGCUGCCUUCAUGCUCUCCAGCUCUCUCUAUAUAUGUUACUCAGAGCCCUCUGGGUCCUGAUACAGUCUGUCAGCAACAUGCCAGCCAAGCCUGCACCCAUCAAGAAAUCUGCAGCCAAGAAAGCUGCAGAGAAGGCACCUGAGCCCGCUCCGGAGCCCGAGCCCACUCCUGUAGAGGCUCCACCAGCUGAGGCUCCUCCAUCGUCUGAGACCCCGGCGGAAGCAGCUCCAGCCGCUGAGGGGGAAACGCCUCCAGCUGCCCCAGCAGAGGAAACCCCAGCGGAUCAGGGAAGUGCUCCAGCUACAGCUCCCGCCUCUGAAGACGGCGCAGCCGCUGCAGCUCCAGAAGCUCCUGCAGACGCUGCUCCAGCUGUGGUCGAGGAGCCGCCCAAGGCCCCCACACCUCCUCCUCCUGCAGUCCCCACCAGUGCCCCUCUGGAUGUUUCCGUGCAUGAUGUCAAUGACUCCAGCCUCACCAUUAAGUGGCAAACACCGGAGACCAUCGGAGAUUCCGGGUUGAAUGGUUACACCGUGGAGUACUGCAAAGAUGGAUCAACAGACUGGGUUGUGGCAAACGAGGAGCCGACCCAAGCAAACCUCUUUUGCAUCAAGAACCUGACGACUGGAGACCUGCUUCACGUCCGCGUGGUGGCCGUAAACCCUGGCGGCCGUAGCGAGGCCGGGACACUCCCACAGCCCGUGCCCAUCCGAGAGGUCGUCGACCGGCCAAAGAUCCGCCUGCCUCGGAUUCUUAGAUCCCGCUAUGUGAAGAAAGUCGGAGAGCAGAUCAACCUCGUCAUCCCAUUUAUUGGAAAGCCCAAGCCUGUGGUGUCCUGGUUGAAGGACGGUCAGCCUUUGGACACAAAGAGAGUGAACAUCAGGAACAGUGACAGGGACAGCAUCCUGUUCAUCCGCGGUGCACAGAGGGAGGACUCUGGGGUUUAUGAGAUGUCUGUGAAAGUGGAUAGCUUUGAGGACAAAGCUCCCAUCACUCUCCAGAUCGUUGACCUGCCUGGCCCUCCCACCAGUGUGAAACUGGUGGAUAGCUGGGGCUUCAACGCCGCUUUGGAAUGGACUCCUCCCAAGGACAACGGCAACACAGACAUCACGGGAUACACUGUUCAGAAAGCAGACAAGAAGACUGGGGAUUGGUUCACUGUGCUGGAACACUACCACAGGCUAACCGCCACCGUCUCGGACCUCGUCAUGGGGAACUCGUACUGCUUCAGAGUUUUUGCUGAGAACCAAGUGGGCAUCAGCGAGCAGGGCACUGUCACCAAAGAAGCUGCUACAAUUCAGAAAACAGGAAUCCACUACAAACCUCCGGAGUACCAGGAGCGCGACUUCUCAGAGGCUCCCAAGUUCACCACCCCUCUCCUGGACCGAGCUGCCACUGUGGGAUAUACCACCAAGCUGCUGUGCUCUGUUCGGGGAAGUCCUAAGCCAAAGAUUGAGUGGUUGAAGAAUCAGAUGGUCAUUGGCGAUGACCCUAAGUUUCGUCAGAUAUCCAACCAGGGCAUCUGCUCCCUGGAGAUCAGGAAGCCCAGCAGCUUUGAUGGUGGUGUGUACACCUGCCGAGCAAAGAACGAGCAAGGAGAGGCCACUGUUUCCUGCAAACUAGAAGUCAAACAGGUUGUUAUUCCAGAAGUUAAUAAAGAAAAGGGCAAAUAAAUCAAUGUUGGAAUUUCUAGAGUGCAUUCAAAGAACCACCACAAGCUCUGAUCUUAUGCUUAAAGUGUGCACAAAUAUGGGAGAAGAUGCUUCGACUGGCUGUGCAGACCAGUGUACAUAAUGAAGAAAAGGACAGAAUAACCCGACAGAAUAGUUUUCUCCAUCCACACAUUCUUAGGAACAGCUCAUACUUCAUGAGAAGUGAGACACUUUUAGUCUUAUAUGCAUGACUGUAAGAAGAAGAAGAAGAGUGGUUAAUGUGUUAGGACAUGUCAUAAUUCACAAGUAACCCAAGUGCAGUUUCCUCCUCACUGCAGCACAUGGGAAAUGCGGAUCUCAGAUAGCAGAAAUGUUCAGGUUAAAGUCCCUCUCCAAUCAAUUUUUGAUCUUUUGUCAAAUUGUUCCCAACUGUCUUUUAAUUAAGAUUCUGAUGUUUUUAGCUAAAAUCAAAAACCUGUGUUAUUUUCCAGGAAAUCGUUUCUGGAGUAAACCUGACUCCACUUCCCGUCAUCCAUCUUUUUAUACUUUCUCCCACUAGCUUACAGUUCCUCACAUCCCCAACUUGACAUUAGUGUUGCAACAAAAAUGGGGAGCAAUAUCGAAGCUUUCGAGCAGUACAGUUUUGAGCCAGCUCGGAUGAGGAAAAUGAAGAAGUUCAUGGAUAUAUUUGUCUUUCAGAAUGGAGCAGAGGAAGCUUGUGGCUUGCCGUAGUAGCUUCUGCGUCACACCGACAAGCUUUUUCCACAGGAACUUUUUCGUCUACUCCUGAUUCACAAUAAAUUGAAUAAAACAAGUACUCAGAAAUAUAAUUUUAACUUUAUUUAUUAAACAGAAAAAAUGCUGCAAGAACAUUUUAAAAAUGGCAACGACACAAUUUUCUUUGGAGUGGGACUUUAAAGUUAAGGAAGACGAUAAUUUUGUUGUUACAUGAGAAGAUUGGUAAUAGAAAGACGGUGAACGUAGUUUUCAGUCAGAUCUAGGCCAGAAAUUGCCAUUUAGACUUUCAGUGUUCAGCAUGCACCUCCACACACUGCUUCACUUUCAGAAAGUUCUCACAUAGUGGAAAGUUUUGCGUUUUUGAAGGGAUAUUUCAGAGAAGCAGCCAGAACACAGAAAGACGGCAACAAGGUGUCUUCUCACGGAGCAUGAAACUGCAUUAACUCUUCCUCUUUUUUCAUUAUGUAAAACAAAAUCUAAUCCUGUCCAUCACAUCUGAAUGAUACAUUAUGUCGGUUGAUAAAUUUGAUCUACCGCUAAAUUUAGCACCUUUAUUUUAGUGACUACUCGAUUUUUAUUGUAGUAUAGAUAAAUAUGCACUUCAAAAUAAAACUCUAAACUACGCA